GCUUGUGAAUGCUUUGGCUAACUAGCCGUGGAUAGCCUAGAGGAGUGAAAGUGUACGACAUUUAAGUUUGUGUGAGUUAAAAGUAUAAGUGCAGCUAAAGUUUAGGUUUAUUUGACACAUGUCAGGGAGCGUGAUGGUUGGCAGGCAGUCAUGUUGCUGUUAGGCAAGGUGGGAGAACUGUAUGCCAGGAAGAUGAUUUUCUUACUUCUGUCUGUAGGCAGUGAUAAGCUUGUUAAGUGAUGCAGGGGUUAUGGAAAGUCUAAUGAAUUCUGCUGAAGAGCAGCAACCCUCUUCUGCCCUGACCAACUCUUGGCCCAAAAAACAAGAUUCAAGCAAAAGUCAAAAGCCAAAAUGUGUUGGCGGAUUUGUUUUAGUGCAUGCAGGAGCAGGAUACCACUCUGAAUCUAAGGCAAAGGAGUACAAGCAUGUGUGCAAAAGAGCCUGUCAGCGAGCUGUGGACCAACUCAAAGCUGGGGCACUUGCAGUGGAAGCAGUUACUGCAGCGUUGGUUGAACUAGAGGACUCUCCUUUUACAAAUGCUGGCAUGGGCUCCAAUCUGAAUUUGUCUGGGGAAAUUGAAUGUGAUGCGAGUAUCAUGGAUGGGAAGUCUCUUCAUUUUGGUGCAGUGGGAGCAAUAAGUGGUAUUAAGAACCCAGUCUUAGUCGCAAACCGUCUGCUGAGUGAAGCACAGAAAGGGAAGCUAUCAGCAGGCAGAAUACCACCAUGCUUUUUAGUGGGGCGAGGUGCACAUGAUUGGGCAGUCAGUCAUGGAAUACCCCCAUGCCCGUCAGAGAAAAUGACCACAAAGUUCAGUUUAUCUGCAUACAAGAGGAACAAGCGAAAGAUGGAGCUGGCAGAGAGAAUGGACACAGGGCAUAAUCAGACAAAGAAAAGACGACAAUCAAGUGAAAAUGAAAAUGGCUCAGGGUGCCUCGAUACUGUCGGAGCUGUUGUGGUCGACUUGGAAGGAAAUGUAGCUGCAGCGGUGUCCAGUGGAGGCCUAGCGAUGAAACAUCCUGGCAGGGUCGGCCAGGCUGCUCAUUAUGGAUGUGGCUGCUGGGCUGAAAAUGCCUAUAAUAUGAAUCCCUACUCUACAGCAGUGAGUACCUCAGGAUGUGGAGAGCAUCUGAUUCGCACCAUGCUGGCUCGGGAAUGCUCCUCUGCUAUGCAGUCUGAAGAUGCCCACCAAGCACUGCUGGAGGCUAUGCAAAACAAGUUCAUCAGCUCACCCUUUCUGGCCAGCGAAGAUCGUGUCCUGGGUGGAGUAAUCAUCCUAAGGUGCUGUAGAUGUGUGGAGGCUCAGUCAUCUCAAAAUAUUCAGGGUAUAUUGGUGGAGUUCCUGUGGAGUCACACCACAGAGAGCAUGUGUGUUGGCUAUAUGUCUGCACAAGAUAGCAAAGCAAAGACACACAUAUCCAGAUUGCCACCUGGGACUGUUCCUGGACAGUCUUUGGCCAUCGAAGGAGGUGUGUGUCGGCUGAUGUCGGCAUAGUGGAGUUAACACCGUUCUCUUCGCCGUCUCCUCUCUUCUCUGCUUCGUUAGCAAUACUCUACAAACUCAACACAUGCACACACAUUCACUCACAAGUGCACCUCUACACCACCUUCACCUCCACAUGGCCUUUGUGAUGCCAGAGGUAAUAAGCUUUCAUUGUUUUAACAGGUGUUCAGGAAGGAGGAAGGAGCGUUAGCUUCUGCUUAGUGCACUUAUAAGACUUCCUUUUGCCACUUUCUGCCUCCAGCAUGUACACUAUGCCAGCUUAUUCCCACCAAGCUGUCAGUGUGACCUGGAUUAAACUUGAUGCACCAUUUUCCUUUGAUACUUUUUUCCAGCUCAAAGUGGCAUCCUUCCUUUUGUACAUAAGCUAUAAUUUAGAGAAACAGGGUGGAUGUUUGUUAUUUUCUGUUACUGAACAGAUGUGACUAUUUCUAGGUUUUUAAGAAUUUCAAAAACAAGACAUUAAUUUCUUCCUAAAAUAUUUCUUAAUAUUAAAAAUAUGUCAGAUUGUACCUUGUGGAAUGCCUGCGUCUCAAGAUUAUUAUGAAGAAUUUCUUGCUGUGAUAAGUGAACAGUGGGGCUUAAACUAAUGUUGUGUCAUCACAACUAGAUCAACUUCCACGUAUUUAUACAUUCAAAUUAGUCCUCCAGCAUACUGUACAAUGUAGCAUAAUAUGCGUCCUAGAUCAUGAUAAAUUUCUGUUAUUUCAGCCACAGAAUGCUUUGCUUCUUGUUUUAAAAUGUGAAUACAUAUCUAGUGCAUGUAUAAAACUACAGUAAGCUGCUUUUAUUUUCCUGACAUUUGGAGAGGUGAUCAAGAAGGGGGAAGCUAUGCACUUCCAGAUAUAAAAUGCUCAGGUAGCAGCAUUGAAAUUUACCGCCAAACAUGACUGUUAGUCAUCAUGUAAAAGUCUCCGUUUAUAUUUGUACAGUCCCGUUGACAGAGAGAUGUAUUUUCUUGAUUAAAAUAAAAAAAAAUAAAUAAAUACAUCUAAAAACUAUAGAAUGCAUCAAGCCCAUGAGAUGGUGCUUUUGAAUUUUACUAGGAAAAAACAAGUAACGGACUAGAUUUCUGUUGGGAUAAUGGGUUGUACUGAUUUAGCUUUUCACUCAGUUAAUAAGAAUUCCAGGCUUAUUAACCACAGUUGAGCUUCUUUAUUGUUUACAUGAAAAUGCAAUGAAUAUAAAAUUGUAUAAGCUAUGGAAAUCAUAUGUGCACCACUCUCUGCAGUGCUAAGAAACUAAAUAAAACCUAUGUUGCUACA